GGGAACGCCGGAGACGGAAAUUACUUCGCCUCUCGCUGCGGACGUCGUUGUCGUUGCGCGCCUUUCCGUCUGUGAUUUCUAGAGUUAGGAGCUCAGGAACCGUUUGCCAAUAUGUAUGACGCGGACGAGGAUAUGCAAUAUGAUGAGGAUGAUGAUGAAAUCACACCAGAUUUGUGGCAAGAGGCAUGCUGGAUUGUAAUUAGUUCCUAUUUUGAUGAGAAAGGCUUGGUCAGACAACAGCUGGAUUCUUUUGAUGAGUUUAUUCAGAUGUCUGUUCAAAGAAUUGUGGAAGAUGCUCCACCUAUAGACCUACAAGCCGAAGCUCAGCAUGCUAGUGGAGAAGUUGAAGAACCGCCAAGAUACUUGCUGAAGUUCGAACAAAUUUACCUCUCCAAGCCUACCCAUUGGGAAAGAGAUGGUGCUCCAUCACCGAUGAUGCCAAAUGAGGCCAGAUUAAGAAAUCUCACGUACUCUGCUCCACUUUAUGUUGAUAUAACAAAAACAGUCAUUAAAGAAGGCGAAGAACAACUUCAGACACAGCAUCAGAAAACUUUUAUAGGAAAAAUUCCAAUUAUGUUGCGUUCAACUUACUGCCUAUUGAAUGGCUUAACAGAUCGUGAUCUUUGUGAGUUAAAUGAAUGCCCCUUGGAUCCUGGUGGCUACUUCAUUAUUAAUGGAUCCGAAAAGGUUCUGAUUGCUCAAGAGAAAAUGGCAACAAACACAGUCUAUGUGUUUGCCAAAAAGGAUUCUAAAUAUGCCUACACAGGAGAGUGUAGAUCAUGUCUGGAGAAUUCUUCUCGACCCACCAGUACUAUCUGGGUUAGCAUGCUGGCAAGAGGAGGACAGGGUGCAAAAAAGAGUGCUAUUGGUCAGCGCAUUGUGGCAACCCUACCAUAUAUCAAGCAAGAAGUUCCCAUCAUUAUUGUGUUCAGAGCAUUAGGUUUUGUGUCUGACAGAGAUAUUUUAGAGCAUAUUAUUUAUGAUUUUGAAGAUCCAGAGAUGAUGGAAAUGGUUAAACCUUCUCUCGAUGAAGCUUUUGUCAUCCAAGAACAGAAUGUCGCACUAAAUUUCAUUGGUUCAAGAGGGGCAAAGCCUGGUGUCACCAAAGAGAAAAGGAUUAAAUAUGCAAAGGAAGUAUUACAGAAAGAAAUGCUCCCUCAUGUUGGCGUCAGUGAUUUUUGUGAGACCAAGAAAGCUUAUUUCUUGGGGUACAUGGUUCAUAGGUUGCUGCUAGCAGCUUUGGGUAGAAGAGAAUUAGAUGACAGAGAUCAUUAUGGAAACAAAAGAUUGGACCUUGCUGGACCACUACUUGCAUUCUUAUUUAGAGGAAUGUUUAAGAAUUUGCUUAAAGAAGUACGGAUCUAUGCCCAGAAGUUCAUUGAUCGAGGAAAGGAUUUUAACUUGGAGUUGGCAAUUAAAACAAGGAUUAUAUCUGAUGGCCUAAAAUAUUCUUUAGCUACUGGGAACUGGGGUGACCAAAAGAAAGCUCAUCAAGCCAGAGCUGGAGUAUCUCAGGUAUUAAACCGCCUGACUUUUGCAUCUACUCUUUCUCACCUGCGUCGUUUAAAUUCUCCCAUUGGUAGAGAUGGCAAGCUAGCAAAACCAAGACAGUUGCAUAAUACGUUGUGGGGAAUGGUGUGUCCUGCUGAGACUCCAGAGGGCCAUGCUGUAGGACUUGUGAAGAAUUUAGCUCUGAUGGCUUAUAUUUCAGUUGGAUCUCAGCCUUCUCCAAUCCUGGAAUUUUUAGAAGAAUGGAGUAUGGAAAAUUUAGAAGAAAUUUCUCCUGCAGCUAUUGCUGAUGCAACCAAGAUUUUUGUUAAUGGCUGCUGGGUUGGAAUACAUAAAGAUCCUGAACAACUUAUGAACACUCUACGGAAAUUGAGGCGUCAGAUGGACAUCAUUGUGUCUGAAGUUUCUAUGAUCAGAGAUAUUCGAGAGAGGGAGAUUCGGAUCUAUACAGAUGCAGGCCGUAUUUGUAGACCACUUCUGAUUGUGGAAAAACAAAAGCUACUUUUGAAGAAGAGACACAUUGAUCAAUUGAAAGAGAGAGAAUAUAACAACUACAGUUGGCAGGAUCUUGUGGCCAGCGGGGUAGUAGAAUAUAUUGAUACUCUAGAAGAAGAAACAGUGAUGCUCGCAAUGACCCCAGAUGAUUUACAAGAGAAAGAAGUAGCCUAUUGUUCCACAUAUACGCACUGUGAGAUUCAUCCAUCAAUGAUUCUUGGUGUCUGUGCAUCUAUUAUUCCUUUUCCUGAUCAUAACCAGUCCCCUAGAAACACAUACCAGUCUGCUAUGGGUAAGCAGGCUAUGGGGGUUUAUAUUACCAACUUUCAUGUUCGUAUGGAUACGUUGGCCCAUGUCCUCUAUUAUCCUCAAAAACCACUUGUGACUACACGGUCAAUGGAAUACCUACGAUUUAGAGAGCUGCCAGCAGGUAUCAACUCAAUUGUGGCCAUUGCAUCAUACACUGGAUAUAAUCAAGAAGACUCUGUUAUCAUGAAUCGUUCAGCUGUAGACCGAGGCUUUUUCAGGUCUGUUUUCUAUCGAUCAUACAAAGAACAGGAGUCUAAAAAAGGGUUUGAUCAAGAAGAAGUUUUUGAGAAGCCUACACGUGAAACUUGCCAGGGUAUGAGGCAUGCUAUUUAUGACAAGCUGGAUGAUGAUGGUUUGAUAGCUCCUGGGGUUCGUGUAUCAGGAGAUGAUGUUAUUAUAGGCAAAACAGUCACGUUGCCUGAAAAUGAAGAUGAAUUAGAGGGCACUAAUAGACGCUAUACUAAGAGAGACUGUAGCACUUUUCUCAGGACUAGUGAGACGGGCAUUGUGGAUCAGGUUAUGGUAACUCUGAACCAAGAAGGAUAUAAAUUUUGUAAAAUAAGGGUACGCUCUGUUAGAAUUCCACAGAUUGGAGACAAAUUUGCUAGUCGACAUGGUCAAAAGGGUACUUGUGGUAUUCAGUAUAGACAAGAGGAUAUGCCUUUCACCUGCGAAGGUAUCACCCCCGAUAUCAUCAUAAAUCCCCAUGCCAUUCCUUCUCGUAUGACUAUUGGUCACUUGAUUGAAUGUCUUCAAGGGAAGGUAUCAGCUAACAAGGGUGAAAUUGGUGAUGCCACUCCAUUCAAUGAUGCUGUUAAUGUACAGAAGAUUUCUAAUCUUUUAUCUGAUUAUGGCUACCAUCUCAGAGGAAAUGAGGUCCUAUACAAUGGAUUCACUGGUCGAAAAAUCACAUCACAAAUUUUUAUUGGCCCCACUUACUACCAGCGUUUGAAACACAUGGUGGAUGAUAAGAUUCAUUCUCGUGCUCGGGGGCCUAUUCAGAUCCUUAAUAGGCAGCCCAUGGAGGGUAGAUCUCGUGAUGGUGGCCUGCGUUUUGGAGAAAUGGAACGAGAUUGUCAGAUUGCCCACGGAGCAGCCCAGUUUUUAAGGGAAAGACUGUUUGAGGCAUCAGAUCCAUAUCAGGUUCAUGUUUGCAAUCUUUGUGGAAUAAUGGCAAUCGCUAACACGAGGACCCAUACGUAUGAAUGCAGGGGCUGCCGAAAUAAAACCCAGAUCUCUUUGGUGCGAAUGCCUUAUGCAUGCAAACUGUUGUUUCAGGAACUCAUGUCUAUGAGUAUUGCACCUCGAAUGAUGAGUGUUUAGCUCUUUUAAAAAUCUUUGUGUCUUGUUUCUAUGAUAUAGCUUUAAAAAAAUUUUUAAAACAACAAAAAUGUACUUGCACUAGGAGAAAAAGCAUUUUAUUUGUUUAAUGAUAUGCAUGCUUUGUAAAUAGACAAAUUUUUGUAGACAGUCUUGAUGUGUUAUUUUGUAUUUCAUGGUGUAAAACCAGUGAAUAUAACUAAAGUGUUUGUUAGUGGACUGGAUGAAAACUGGUUAUUAGGCAAGAACAGGGGUUGUAGUUACCCAUGACUACUUUUAGCUAUGCAGAUUAUUUUCUGCAGGUUUACAGCUCAGCACCUUCACCUGUUUAAAAAGAAAAGAUAAAAAUAAGUUACAUAUAUGGACAUGGUUGACUUUCUAAUUUUGAGGUAGUUUAGUGUUUCCAAAUAAAUGAAGAUGUUAAAAUGUGGGGAUAAAGGAUGUGUAACUAUAAAUGAUAUGGUGGGAGUGCUUUUUGGAAUUUGAGCCAUAUGGUCUUAGAUGUGGAAGGUGAUUUUGUUGUACUUAUCUAUCUGUAAAUUUAUCUAUCUGUAAAUGACAGACCUUACAGACCUUACUAUAGAACUGGGAGAAGCAUGUUUCACAGAUGAGCAAGGUGAGAUCCAGAGAGGCCAAGGAACUUUCCUUUGUCAUCCAGUUCUCAUUAAGAAUUUAAAAUGGACUAAUUAGUGGCAGAGCUGAGACUCAAACACAUGACUCUUAGCUACUGCUCUGUUUCAUCACUUGACUUUACACAUCUUGGCUGAAGAGAAUCUGACCAAACACAUCUUUACUUGAUAUUUCUUCCUUUCGUACUGCAGCUGAGUGAUCCACACAGUGGAAUGGUUUUGACAAAUGCUGACAGUAAAUUUCGUUAUUUUUGGCUUAAGGAAAAACCAAGUCAGACAUCAGUCUAAUAGAACUAUAUAAAUGUAAAGUAGCAUUACUCUCAUACCGCCAGGAUGGAUGCUUAAGAGGAAGCUUUUGACAGUGAAGUGGAUAGAGGCAGAACAGAAUUGAGUACUUGCCAAUAUACUCCUUCUGUUUUUUUUCUUAUAAAAGCUCAACGUGAAGGACCAGAAUUGUCUACAGUCAAUCAUUUCCUUUUAAAGGGGAAUUUAAUAUAAUAGUCACAACACCAAGGAAAAUGCUGUGAAGGUAGAAAGUUACGGGAAAUAUAAACCAUUCCAAUCAAGUUUGACUCUUACGUGUAAGAUAAAGUGAAAGCAUCUGAGUCAUAAUAAUAGCAUUCCAUCAACCACUGAAUGUUCUUUUGGAGCCAUGCACUCUACAUUUUGAUUACAUACUUAACGUCCUUCCCUUGUGGAUUCCUAACAUCACAGAAUUUCAUUAAGAGCUAUGUCUGAUACUUUCAUACUUGGUUCUGUCCUUUAUUAAACAAAAGCACUAGUCAUUUUUAAAUGGUUAUAAGAUUUAUUACCUACCUUUUUUCACUGGUAUUUCAUGUAAGGCAUCAACCACUGUAAUUUUUGCUGAUGCCGAAGCCUGUCCUUGGGAAUUGGAUGCGUGGCACUCAUAUUCUCCGGCAUCUUCCUUACUAAGAGGAGAUACCUGUGAAAGAAAAAGGAUUUUUAGUUUCUCUAUGGCAGUGAACUUUUUUCUUGUGACUUCAAUUAGGUCAUUAUUUCAUAAGUUUCCUAACAUGACCAGGGGUUUCAUAGCAAAGUAUUUCUACUGCUAGAAACAGUGCAAGUCUUGUGUUAGGAGUAAUUAUAUAGCUAUCGUAUUUGGUCUGCCAGGA